CAGAAAUCUGCUUCCUUUCCGAGGUCGAGUGCAUGCAAGAUGCUUCGCACUCAUGGUUUACAAUAGCACAUGCAAAGACUGCUCUCAUCCCACAUUGGCUUCAUGAUACAAGUACAGACGAGUCGUGCAACAUCGACCGACCACGAGCGAAGUCGCCAUAGAAGCUCAGCAUAUUUGCGCUUUGUGCAAUCAGCUGCGCCGGGUGAUCUGGUGAUUCGGAGGAGUUGCUCGUAUCCUGUUCCAAAUUGAGUUUGAAUUCUUUUUCCUUGGUUAGAAGAGACGGCGCUGGCGCGACUGUUACGAGAGACUGCGUUUGUCCUCUUACGGAGCUUAGUUCUGGGUCUCUUCUAGCCGCACCAGAUACCCCCUGAGAGAAGCCGUCCGCUGCAACGAUGGAGCGGCUUCUGAACGUGCUGUUCAACCUCACCCUGUUCCCUGGGGGGAUCUUAGUGCUACUCGUCCUUAUCCCCGGGCUGUGGGUCUUCCGGUUCCUCUACAAGACCUUCGUUAAAAAGGAGAUGCGCGUCGCGGGGAAGACGGUGAUCAUCACAGGGGCCAGCUCAGGGAUCGGAGAAAGUCUGGCGUUCGAGUAUGCGCAGCGCGGGGCGAACUUGGUGCUGACCGCUCGCAGGGAGAACUUGCUGCAGAAGAAUGCAGAGAAGUGCCGCCAGCUGGGCAGCCCAGAUGUGCUGGUGGUGCCAGCAGACCUGACCAAGGUGGAGAACAACAAGAAGGUGGUCGACCAAGCGGUGGAGCACUUUGGGGGAGUGGACAUUGUGGUGUGCAAUGCGGGCAAGGGGCACAGCUGGUUCUUUGAGGCGGUGGAAGACACCUCAGAGUUUCAGAAGAUUGCUGACAUCGAUUUCUGGGGCAAUGUGUACCCGACCUACUACGCCAUGCCGCACCUCAAGCGGGCAGGCGGACAGAUCGUGGUGAUUGACAGUGUGGGCGGUUUCAUUCCGUACCCCAGGCAGAGCCUCUAUAACGCCCAAAAGCAGGGGCUGCUUGGCCUUUACGACACGCUCCGGGUGGAGGCCGCUGACGAGAUUGACAUCACCAUUGCGUGCCCGGGGUAUAUUCGUACUGCAAUGACGGAAAAGCUGCCCGUGGAGCAACUUGGUCCGUUUCCGCUGCUUCCGGUCAAGGUUGCUGCGCGGCGGAUCGUGGAGGCGGCCGUCCGGCGUGACCGGUACGUGAUCGUGCCCGGGUGGUACAAGUUGUUCCUGCUCUACCGCAUCUUCGCGCCGGAGGUCAUGGACUGGACCAACCGGUACAUCAUCCAGGGAGAGCACCACAGGCCCGCCCUCCUGGGACAGAUCAAGCAGUGGCUGGGCUACAAGGUGGUGGACUAAGCAACUAGACUGGGACCCGCCAGAUCGACGAACAAUUCUGUGCUUUGCCGCGCGAUCCGAGGAAGCUUUCAGCACUACUUCUGCUAGCCACAGCUUGAUAUGGAUUUUGAGCAAUUCGUAGGACGUUUGAGAGCUUGAAUGCUCAAAAGCUCGUACGCAAGAAAUAGGACAUCUUUCCUUUUGAAAAUCGCAGAGAACAUUGGAAAUCGAUUCUAGUCUUAGAAGGUGUCAAAUUAGAUGCUAUUACUUACAAGAAGAUUGAAGUGCCAAUCGUUCACUCAUGGUGAAACACAGGAUUCAGCCGCCCCAUUUAACCUUCUAUGGCAAUACUUAAGUGCAAGAUGAUGUGCAAGAUGAUAUGCAGACACGAUAAUCAUGUCUUUGGCCACCCAUAGGGUUUAAGUUAUAAGUGCCGUGUGCAGGAAGUUAGCAAGCUUGACAGAACUAAACAUGAGUCAAACAGCUAGGCGACUAUGUUUUGAAUACCCGGACUACACCGGUUGUGCUGGACCAUUGCGACGGCUUUGAAAAGCGACUGCUUGAAUGAAAGUAACAUCCGG